CGGCGCGGAGGGGCCGCCAUGAGCCGGUUCGGGGGCCGCGUGCGCGAGUACCCGGCCGUGUCCAUCGACCGCUUCGACCGCGACAACCUGCGCGCGCGCGCCUACUUCCUGUCGCACUGCCACAAGGAUCACAUGAAGGGGCUGCGGGCGCCGGCCAUGAAGAGGCGGCUGGAGGGCAGCUUGAAAGUUAAAUUGUACUGCUCGCCGGUGACUAAGGAGUUGCUGUUGACUAGCUGGAAAUACAAGUUUUGGGAGAAUCAUAUUGUUGCACUGGAAGUUGAAACUCCAACUCAGAUUUCUUUAGUAGAUGAAACGUCUGGUGAGAAAGAAGAUAUAGAGGUGACACUCCUGCCAGCUGGUCACUGUCCAGGAUCAGUCAUGUUUUUGUUUGAAGGUGAAAAUGGCACUGUGCUGUAUACAGGGGAUUUCAGACUUGCAAAAGGAGAGGCAGCCAGAAUGGAGCUUUUGCACUCAGGGAGCAGAGUAAAAGACAUCCAGAGCGUGUAUUUGGACACCACUUUUUGUGAUCCUAAAUUUUACCAUAUACCAAGCAGGGAGGAAUGUUUAAAUGGCAUCCUGGAGCUGGUGCGGAGCUGGACCUCACUGACUCGCUACCAUGUCGUGUGGCUCAACUGCAAAGCUGCUUAUGGAUAUGAGUAUUUAUUCAUAAACCUCAGCGAGGAGCUUGGAAUCAAGGUGCAUGUGAACAAACUGGAUAUGUUCAGAAACAUGCCAGAAAUCCUCUGCCACGUUACCACAGACCGGCACACUCAGAUCCACGCCUGCCGACACCCUCGGGAUGAUGACUGCUUUCGAGGGAACAGACUGCCCUGUGGAAUGACUUGCCAAAAUGGAACUCCCUUGCACAUAAUUAGCAUCAAACCCUCCACUAUGUGGUUUGGAGAAAGGAUCAAGAAAACCAGUGUCAUCGUGAGGACUGGGCAGAGCACAUACAGAGCUUGUUUCUCUUUCCACUCCUCAUACAGUGAGAUAAAGGAUUUCCUGAGCUAUAUCUGUCCAGUGAAUGUGUAUCCCAAUGUAUUGCCAGUGGGUGGCACAGAAGACAAAGUGAUGGAAAUAUUAAAGCCCUUGUGCAGGUCGUACAGGAGAAACGUGGAACCCAGGUACCAGCCCUUAGGAACCCUGAAGAGAGCCCUCAAGAGAGACUUGUCUGACACAGAUGAAGAUGAUCUCUUUGAUUUGGAAUUAACUGCUCCAAGGACUAAGAUUGCAAAACAGCAGAGAGGAGAGAGCGAGCUGCCCAGCACAGGACAACCAGAGAAUCAUGAAGGAUACAUUAACGACAGCACAGCAGAUUACAAAGCAACCACAACUUACACAUCCCUCAAGAUAGACUUCAUGGACUGUGAGGAAUCAAAUGAUGAUGAUGAUGAUGAAGAUGAUGAAGAAGAAUCCGAGAAAAAUACAGUUCAAGUUCUUUCCUGUGAGCCAGAUGCCACUUCCACAUCAAAUGUCAAUGGAGUAGCUGGUGACCAGCGGGAGUCCAGUGCUGAUUUCCCUUGCUGGGAUGCAUUUUUUAAGUGUAGCAAACUAGAAGAAAGCUCUGAAAAUGAGGACAACUUCCCCUCUUCAGCAGAUGCUGGUGGGUCCCAGUCACUCUUCAGCGAUUCGGAUGGAGUAAGUGACUCAACACACAUCUCCUCCCAAAAUUCUUCUCAGUCAACACACAUAUCGGAGCAGGGGAGCCAGGGCUGGGACAGCCAGCCAGACACUGUGCUCAUCACCUCCCAGGAGCGAAGCGCCUGGGACUGCAGCUGCCUCAGCAAAGCGGGGAGCAGAGCCCCUGCUGCUGCCCCGCAGGACAGUGCCCACGACAGCCAGCCCCAGCUCAGCAGGUGGAAGCCGCUGGGGCACCAGAGACCUUGUGCCCCUGCUGUGGUCUGUGGCUCACAGGGCCAGGGCUGCCAAGGUGCCGUGGAAGCUGCUGCCCAGGGCCAGGAGGCGCAGAGGGAACCAACAGACAGCUCCAGGGCUCCUGAGCUGGAUCUGCAGAGGGACUCCCAGAGCUCCUCUGACUUUGAGAUCCCCCUGACUCCUGAUGCUGAAGUGCCUCAUCCAGAUAAACUGCACUGUUUGUACAGGAAGCUGGCAGCAGGAGAGAACAUCCUCAACAAGAAAAAUGUCUCUUGAAGACAUCCUGGUUACAUCAUGGUAACAAAUACCAAAGUUUAAUUAAAGCCUGAACUAUUUUUCUCUUUAGUGCUGGCUACUAGCUGCAGCUGUGCCAGUUUAUGGCCUUUUCUUCCACAAGUAUCUCACUGGCCAAAUUAGGAAUUCACAGCCUCGGUACCUUCAUCAUUCCUUCCAUGAAAUACGGAGAAGGAAGUAUUCAUCAGAGGGACUAAAAACCUCCUGAGGUUCAGUCCCCCAGGACUGUCACUCCACAAAAAAUGGACCACACAAAACUAAGGGUAGAACACUAAAUGAAAUUUAGUGUUUGUGUUUAUCACAAGCUCUAAGAGUUUGCCUUUGAUAGACAUGUGAUCGCAGGUUUUAAUGAAACCUAGCAGUUUUAACUGUGGGAGAGAAAGGUGACAUCCUUCAGGGAUGACCAUGCAAACAGUGCAAGGGCUGCACUUGGACUUUUAUCUUGUUUUCACUGCAGUUAUUUUAAAAGAUUACAGAAUUACUGAGACAUUUUGGGUCUUUUUUACAUCAAGUUGUUCCUUACAAGCACUCUCUUUUUAUGCUGAGAAGUGUUGUCAUCCAAUUUUAACUCCUGCAUGAGUUACUGUAUGCCAUUGUCUGCCAAGCACAGAAGGGUUUGGGUUGAAAGGGACUUUAAAGAUCUCCUAAUCCAACCCCUCUGCCAUGGGCAGGGGCACCUGGUUUAAAUCUCAUCACAAACAACUCAUGAUCAGUUCCUCUCUGUUCUGGUUUGUUCUGAAUUGAUUUUCAGAACUGCUUAAACUGCUAAAAUCCCGUGGCUGGUGUUCCCAAAGCCCCGCAGCAGCCUGUGCUGGAGGCUAACACCCAGCACCAGCAGGCAACCUCACACCCUGGACAGGCUCUUCCAUCACCCCGUUUCAGCUCCUCUGCAACACUUUCUUCACUACACUGAAUUCAGACACAGUCAGAUUUCUUUUUUAAAUCAAGGCACUAGCUGUCCAUGCAUGGGUGCCUUCGUAACUAACUCUUUGCCAGAAUUCUUAGCUUAUGAAAGGAAAGUGCAGUUCAUGUUCUUGUUCAAGUUCAGUGCCUAUAAAGAUGCCUGAACACCAGCAGUCAUCUAAAAAUCCAUGAGGUGUCCCCUUGGUGUGGUGUGAAGUCCCAGAGACUCAGACAUUCAGCCUGACAGCUUUUCCUCCUGAGCACAUCUGCAGCCUUAAACCAGCCCACAUUCUGCUACUGGGGACAGUGGUAGAAGGGGAGACAAAUCAGGAAGUGCUGUCAUCUCUGUAUGGUUCUAAGGAUGUGCCAGUCCAGGUAUUUCUCCACUGUCGCCUUGCCCACUCCAUUCCUGGGACUGAGUGAAACUGCUGUUGUAACUACCUCUGCAAAUAAAGUCA